ACAACAGGGCGACGGAGGCGAUGCGUUGGUGGGAAGACGGAGAGACGGUGGGAGGAAGAGACCUCGUUGGCGGCGGGACGUGGCUGGGGUGCACGAGGCACGGCCGUCUCGCUUUCCUCACCAAUUUCAGGGAAGCCUCCUCCUUCCCUGCUGCUAAAUCCCGUGGAGAUCUGCCUAUUCGUUACUUGCAGAGCCGAAAGAGUCCGGCCGAUUUUGCCGAGGAGAUCCAAGACGAAAUUUCACUAUACAAUGGCUUCAACCUGGUUGUCGCUCAUGUCUUGUCCAAAUCCAUGAUUUACAUUACCAACCGGCCACCCCACGGUCACAAGCUCGUGACGCAAGUCUCUCCCGGGAUCCAUGUCCUUUCCAACGCCAACCUCGACUCUCCUUGGCCCAAGUGUCUGAGGCUGAGAGAGUGUUUCCAACAGCUUCUGGCUGAGAACGCGAGCCGUGAAUUCCCGGUGAAGACCAUGGUCGAGGAGGUGAUGACCAAUACUGUCAAGGACGAAGAAACCGAGCUACCUCACGUUUUCACACCUGAGACGGAAUACCAUCUCAGCUCCAUCUUCGUCGACAUGCAGAGACCAACUGGGCGUUAUGGGACCAGAAGCAUCUCGGCGAUCAGCAUCAAGUCCCAUGGUGAUGGUGAUGGUGAGGUAUGCUUCUACGAGAGGCAUCUUGAAGAAGGUGAUUCAUGGAAGGAACACAAUCAACAGUUUGUAAUAAUACAAAGCAUUUGAUUAGCUAGUCAUGCUUAUUUCA